AUGAAGAAAACUCUGAUCUUAUGCUUCAUACACGGCUUCAAGGGUGGUGAUGACACCUUUGGAGAAGGCUACGAGUUCACGGAACACCUUCGCUCACUCGUCGAGCAAGCGCUGCCCAAACUCAACGUCCAAGUUCUUGUGUAUCCCAAAUAUGAGACGAGAGGCGACCUAGGCAAUUGUGUCAGCCGAUUUCGUGACUGGCUCCAAGAGAAGGUCAUCGACAUUGAAGUCGAAGCUGGCACCUCAUCCCCGACCGUCGACCCCUCGGUCCGCACCAUCCUGAUCGGCCACUCCAUGGGCGGCAUCGUCGCCGCCGAGACAGUCAUCGGCUUGACCUCUGACAAACCCAUCUACUCCGAAGACGGCGUCGAAAAGUCGGCCCAGACGCCCACGUCGUUCAACUCGCUCAUGUUCCCCUACGUCCAGGGCGUCCUCGCCUUCGACACGCCCUACCUCGGCAUCUCGCCGGGCGUCGUCGCCCACGGCGCAGAGGGGCACUACACCGCCGCCUCGGCCGCCAUGACCCAGCUCAGCGGCCUUGGCACCGCCCUCUGGGGCGCCACCCCCAACAAGCCCGCGUCCCCCGGCCCCGGCAACGCCUCGCGCGCCCCCGUCGCCGCGCUCCCGGCCCCGUCCUCGCCCGGUGGCACAACGACCCAGCAGCAGCAGCAGCAGAGCCCGUGGGCGAAAUGGGGCAAGAUCGCCGCCAUCGCCGGCGGUGCCGCGGCCGUGGCGGCCGGCGGCGCGGCGGCGUACAUGAACCGCGACCAGCUGACGCAGGGCUGGACGUGGGCGACGUCGCACCUCGAGUUCGUCGGCUGCCUCGCCAAGGGCGGCGAGCUGCAGAAGCGCGUGCAGUACAUGACCAAGGUCCACCAGGAGCUCGACGUCGGCUUCGCCAACCUGUACACGCGCCUCGGCCGCGGCGCCGCCGCCAAGGAUGUCAGCGUCGUCGGCACCGUGCUCGGCAAGGACCGCACCUUUUGCAACCUGCCCAAGCGCGGCGACGCCGGCGUCUGGAAGCCGGCCGUCAACGACAAGGCCGAGGAGGAGACGCAGGCGCACAUGGCCAUGUUUGAGAGGAAGAACAACCCCGGCUACGAAGCGCUGGCGCGGGACGCGACGGACCUGAUCGCGACGUGGACGAGGAACGCGUGGUACGAGAGCAGCGUCGAGGACGCGCCCGCGCUGAAACAGUCGGCCGAGGAGGACGGCUCGUCGCGACAAGAGGAGCGCAGGCCGACGGAGGAGAAGGUGCUGGGUCAGGAGGAGAAUCCAUGGGCGUGA